AUGGUUUCUCUUAGCAGCAGUGUCAACGAGACAACAAAUUGUCAUUUAUCUGAUGAGUUAUUGCGCACGAUGAUCAUCAUUAUCACUUCGGUGUCUUCGUUUCAUCAAAACGAGAGAAUCAAAAUUUAUGUUUUCAACUUGAAGUUAAGUCAUGGAAGUGUUUAUAGAAUUUCAUGGGCAAUCGUUUAA